AUGAAAACAAUUGACAGAUUCUUGUGCUUCAAAGUGAUAACUGGCGCCUUCAUUGUUGGUGUAUUUAACAUGAUUGUGGCUUUACUUUUGUUUUUUCAUUCACUGAAUGCAUUAAAGUCAGGAGUGUACAAGGAAAAUAAGACAUUGAUUGAGAUAGCAGAUUCGAGUUUAGGAGAGGUGAUGCUUUAUACCUCUCCCAGAUCUGAAAUUGACAGAUGUCUCUACAUCCUUGACAUGCUAGCACAGGUCAUUAUCAUAGCCGUUAAUGUAACAUUUAUUUUGGGAGUAGUAACUCGAGACAUAAAAAUGAUAAUUCCUGGAGUUGUAGUCUCUGCUUUUGGUAUUGCAGCGCAUCCAUUAAACAUUUUAAUGAUUGAUACGACAUUUUUUGGAUUUAUUAAAGCGUCUUUAUUGGGAGUUGUCCUAUUCUUGUGUUUUGUAACUUCAUACUCAGCUUAUGUCAAAAUUAAAAAUGAGCAAUCAACAUCUUGUACUGUCCAACAAUGUAGUAACAAUGAACCAGCAAAUCCUUAA